AUGGUGUUCUCGCGCCGGCCGUCCAGGGACCUCAACGCUGCGAGCCAGACGCCCACGACGGCAGCAGAUGGGCUUGGGUUCCCAACCACGCAGUCGCUCCUCGAUGCGCUUCCCAGCCCCAAGCUCAAGGGCGACGGUUCGGCGUCCGGCAAGAAGUCGGUCACCGGCCAUGGCUGGGCUCCGAGACAUGGAGGCGACGAGGCGCUGCUGGUCGCAAAGGCGCUGAAGGCGCGUCCCGACCUGGCGAGGCGGGCUCGUGGCCUGGCCGAAUGCCCUCGCCUUCUCCUCGUCCUCGUUGGCUUGCCUGCUCGCGGCAAGUCCAUCCUCGCGGACAAGCUGGAGCGUUUCCUCAACUGGCGCGGCUGGAAGACCGGCGCCUUCUCGGCAGGCGCGUGCCAGCGAGAGGGACGGCCGCUGGAGGGCGAGGGCAGCGGCGGUGCCGCCUUCUUCGACAGCGCCAACGUGGGCUCGUCUGUGGCGCGUGGCAAGAUCGCAAACGCCGUGCUCAAGGAGGCGCUCUCCUUCCUCGACACGGGCGGCGAGAUCGCGAUCUUCGACUCGUCGAACGCCUCCAAGGACCGGCGCGCGAUGCUCUCCGAGAGUGUUCACGCCCACGGCGAGGCGACGGGCCGCCCGAUCGCGAUCGUGUUUGUCGAGUCGAUCCUCACAUCGCCGACGCUGCUGCUGGCAAACAUGAAGGCCAAGGUGCGCGCCAGCCCCGACUUUUACGCGCUCCACGAGCCGGCGGCGAUGGAGUCGCUCAAGCAGCGGAUCGUCCACUAUGAGCGCGACUACGAGUCCUGCUCGGAGGAGGAGGGGCCGUACAUCAAGCUCUUCGACCUCUCCUCCAAGGCGCAUGCCCCGCACCCCGCACGAGCCUCUCCCCAUCUUCUCUCCGCCCACAACCCCCACCCCCUCUGCUCCCCGACCCCGUCGCCUGGAAAGGUCGAGGCCUCGCACAUCUACGGCCGCGUCUCGUCGUCGGUCCUGCCCUACCUCCUCUCGAUAACCUUCGUUGCGCGCCCCGUCGCACUCGUCUCUGUCCCUGACAACGACGACACCGGCAACUUUGCUGCGGCGCUCGCAGCCUGGGCGGAGGACCACGCCGGCCCGCUCCAGGUGAUCAGCUCGACGCACCCGGCCGCCAUGGCGGCGGCGGCGAGGGUCGCGCAGGCCAAGGAGGCGCAGAGCCCGUCGCACGGCCGGAAGACCGCCUUUGCGUGCGACGAGCACGGCGAGCGGGGCUGGCCAGCAUCCUCCUGCCCAAGGAACGCAGCGUGCCACGACAUGUCCACGACAUGUCCCGUACGAGGGGGCGAGCAGGGGCUGGCCUCCGUCGGCCCUCCGAUCCACUUCGCCGAGCUGCUGCCGAGUAGCCUCGGCAGCGGCGACUCGCCCCCGACCAGCUUCGAGGAGCGCGCCGCCCUCGGCGCGGGCACGAGCCCCAAGGACCUCGUGCGCCGCCUCGAGCCAAGCGCGCCGCUGCUGGAGUCGCUACACGCCUCCUCCUCGGCCGGAGCCGCCGCCCUCGCCGACGACGCCACGUCGCUCGUCGAGCUCACGCCGUCCGACAAGAUCUAUGGCUUUGCCGAGAGCAUCGUGUCGCUGGCCCGCCGGAGCGGCAUCGUGGGAGCAGGCUCCGCCUGA